AUGGAGGACCUACGAGAUCUCUUUAAACUGAACGACAAGACAUCCAGUGAGACACAUGACAAGUUCAAAUGCAGAAGGUUCGUAACGUUCAGAGACUGUAAACCUCUUAACCCUGUAUUCUUGAAAUAACGUUCCAAAAGUUUCCGAUUCUGGUGAUCGGCAAUCAUGACUUUCCCAGCUUUUUUCUGCUUGGAAACCCUGCUUUUCCGCCGACAUAAGCAAUUUCUUGCCGAUCAUUGAUUGGUGAUCGGCUGUUAUUCCACGCCCUGCUUUCUCUGAUAUGUAUGAACCCUGUAAAAAGUUACACCACUGAGCACAUCUAUUAUUAAAAUAUUUGUACUACGUUUUAGGUGUGUCAACAAAAUUCAGGUGCGUCCCCCACCUGAAAGGUCGAGCUGCAACUCAGAUCUAUCGGAGUGGAACCAUUCUAAUGACAAGAAGGGGCUGGAGGACCAGGCGCUCAAAGGAGCUUGGGAAGACGGGGUUACAUUCGUGUUUCAUCAUUGGUCACACGAGAAGCAACUCGGUGUGUGA